GUUGAAAAUGAGCUUUGCAAGUCCACCUUCACAGACUCGCACUCCGAAUCAGAAUGGCGGGACUUCACAGCUGCGUAUGGGGGCGCCAAUUGCAUACUUUGCCGCCAAUAGAAAGGAGAGUCAAUGGAUUCCGUUGUCGUUCAUUUGCCUACAACGGUAAAAGUAAAGAAACUCAAACACCGGAGCUGUUGAAGGUUGCUGUGAGCAGUGUCACGGAAAUCCUUAGGCUAUUUAUUCCUGCUGGACGAGGAAGAACAGAUUCAGUGGAUGAUGAAUGGAAUGAGCAAGUUUCAAUUUCCAAUGCAGACGACGUGCUUUCCGUGAUCAGAUCUGAUUAUGAGAAAGCUUAUUUUGUCACAGGGCUCUUUACUCUUGCCAUUUAUGCUGAAGAAUGCAUAUUUGAAGAUCCUACCAUCAAAUUUCGUGGUAGGGAAUUAUAUGCACGAAACUUGGGUCUACUUCUGCCUUUCUUUGAAAGCCCCUCAAUCCAGUUAGAAGAAUUAACUAAGUCGAUAUGCUAUAUGUUUCAUAUGCAGGAGUUUGACGGAGAAACUAUAUCCUUAGUUGCUUCCUGGAAACUAAGAACAUACCUUAAACUUCCGUGGAAGCCACUGAUUAGCAUUGAUGGAACAACAACAUAUGAUCUAGAUGACGAUUUUAGAAUCGUACGGCAUGUUGAAAGAUGGGGUGUUUCUGCGCUUGAAGCAGUUCUUCAGAUAUUCACUGCUAGCUCUGGAAGUCCAGAUCAGUGAAAGCUCCUACCAGUAUUAGUGUAUUAGGGGCUCGUCUGUUUGCUCUCCAUUGGAUAGAUCCAUCUAAAAUCGAAGGCCUCGGUCCAGUCCAGGGAGAUCAUGGUAAAUUCUGCAUCCUGUAUCACUAAACCAUAUAGUACUACACGUAGUAAACACUGAAUUCUUCAACAUCUGCUUAUCAUUGGUUGGGAAAUGAAACCAACUGGUGCCAAUGUUGUGUAUCAUUCAUUUUCAUAGCCAUGUGAGGCAACUUUAUAAUUUUGAAUUUGGUUGGAUAUUUUAUGUACCGUGAAGGCGUAAACAAUACGGUUUAUUCAUUUA